AUGAGUAAUGGAGGCAAGAGAUACUUUAAUAAGAAGAACAAGAGUGGAAACUGGCUUAUUCACACUGUUGUGUCGCAGACUGGACAAACAGGUGAUCUGUGUACCAGCACAGGUUCAAUGCUGGCACAUGGAGUUCCUCAAGCCCUGACACAAGCAGAGGAGAGAUAUCCCAAAAUAUUCAUCAAUCCUGAAAAGAAAACAAUGGGCAGAGAAUAUCCACUGUCAGCGCAUGAUAACCGCACAGCCCUGCAGCACUCUGUUGACGUGUAUGAUCAGGGUUUUGGCCGUAAGAAAUGUUUUGAUGAGCGUCGCCAGCAUAACUCUCAUUUCUACCUGUGCCAUUAUGAUGAAGCCUUGAGACCGCUUAGCACAGCAAAGUGGGACCACUCAGCUUAUCGAACAGACUUCCUGCCUAAACAGGAAACAGAAGGCAGAGAAGACACACUCAGAAGACGCUUCCCCAGAGAUCACUCAGCAAGGUCUGAAAUGAACGCUACGGCUCAGGCUGAGGAGUGUUUCAUGUGGUUUGGGAGGGAUGACUGUAACCAGAACACUCCACUAAGUGUACUAGCAGUCGCCAACCUCUCAUUAACCCCCUAA